AUAGAUAGUAGUGAAGUGUUUAAAGCUUGGAGCGAGAGGGGCUGUUUAUGCAUACUUUUUAUGAUUUACAUCACGUCAGCAUCGUCUGUAGCCCUCUCCCCAAUGAUAUAACGGAACUGUGUGGACGUGAAAGGAGAGAGAAGAACGACUUUUUGCAUCCGCAUCCACCGGAGCGACUUUAACUUCCACCAGGCUGACUGCUGCUUUCUGGAGACUCUUCAUGCUGCGGCUUGAAGCUGACUUCCUAUCGACUGCUUCAUAGAGAGGGGAACCCUUGUGAAAAGCAGGAGAAAGUGACUCACCAUCCUCAUAGUGGAAGCUGCAGGAUGGCUAAAAGAUUACCCAUUCCCUGGUUGCUUCUUGCAAUUUGCUGCCUGGCAUCUGCAGGGCCAUUGUUCCGCAGCCCAUGUGAGCUGCUGUCGGUGGGACACCCGGUGCAGGCCUCGUUGAGGAGCUUCACCGCCCUGUCAGGCUGCGCCAGCCGGGGCACCACCGGCCUCCCUCAGGAGGUCCACAUCAUCAACCUGAGAGGACUUGUUCCAGAGGGACCAGACAACACCCCGGCUGAAGUUGAGCUGCAUCUGAAGCCGAUCCAGUCUCUGCUGCGCCACCAGAAGCCACUGGUCUUAGUGCUCAACUCCCCACAGCCGCUGAUAUGGAAGAUCAAGACUGAGAACCUGGCCCUGGGCGUUAAACGUACCUUUCAUGUAUCAGAGGGCUCAGAGGUCCUCUUCCAGCCGGGAAACUUCUCCCUCUCCUGCCAGAUCCAGAAUGAGAGCCUUCCCCAUGGCAACAAGCACCUCCUCAACUGGGCCCAGAAGAAGUACAGGGCAGUCACCUCUUUCUCUGAGCUCAGGAUGACUCAAGACAUCUACAUCAAAGUCGGAGAAGAUCCGCUGUUUUCUGACACCUGCAAGAUUGAUACCAAGUUCCUGUCUCUGAACUACCUUGGCAGCUACGUGGAACCACAGGCAUCAAAGGGUUGCGUCCUAUCAGACCCCGACAAAGACCAAGAGGUCCACAUCGUUGAGCUCCAGGCGCCCAACUCCAGCAGUGCUUUCCAGGUGGAUGUCAUAGUGGAUCUACGACCUCUGGAGGACGAUGCCCCGCUGCAUCGUGACGUCGUCUUGCUCCUCAAGUGUGCCAAGUCCGUCAACUGGGUCAUCAAGGCCCACAGUGUGAUAGGAAAGCUGGAUGUGGUGGCCUCUGAUACGGUGAGUGUCAGUUCGAACACGGAGAGACUGAUGCAAGUUUCAAAAUCCCCCAAGCAGCCCUUGCCAUCCGGGCCACAAGCCUUGAUCAAGUGGGCAGAGGAGCACGGCUACGGUCCAGUCACGUCUUACACCAACACUCCCGUAGCUAACCACUUCACCAUCCGACUCAGAGAGCCAGAUGUGGUGGAUCCUCUGGAGAGCAUGUUGCCUCCAGAGCUCUCCAUCCUGCGCGACUCCAGUCCCUAUCCAAGAGCAGGAACUACAGCCCGUCGCUCCAGUCUGCCCUUUCCCUUCCCCCCGCCCUUCCAUCCUGGGCCCUCCUCCCUCGACGACCGGCCCUGGGAGAACGUGGAGCCCGAAGAGCAUCAGGGCGCUCUGAGUGUCGGCAUCAGCGUGCAGUGUGAGGAGAAGAGGAUGGUGGUCAGCAUCGAUAAACAGAGCCUGCAAACCAAUAGGUUUACUCAUGCCAACAUCACUCUUCAAGACCCAGCUUGCAAAGCAACAGUCAAUGCCACCCACUACACGCUGGAGACUCCUCUGAUUGGCUGUCUGACCACUGUGUAUCCCAUGCAGGGAAGCCCAAUGGCCCUGCACAUCAACUCUGUUUUCAUAAGUCAUGCUGAGAUCAAGGAUGGGAGUGGCAAUUAUGACGAUCAGGAAACUGGAGACGUGCUGUUCCCAAGAGACCCGGUGGACUUAGAGAAGAGGCUUACGGAGCCGGUGGAGCACCAGUCCGUUAUAGCGUUCAACUGCACGUACCGAAAGAACCAGGAAACCUCAGCAACGCUUCCCAAGAUUGUACCAGGACCAGGCAGGCAACCGGACAGCAACGUGGCGUUUAACAUGGAGUUGUACAACACACUGCCGUUCCACAACCCCUCGCGCCAGGCUUUCUACACCGUCUCGCAAAAGCAGCAAGUCUUUGUGGAGGUCACAUCAGCCGCAUCCGAUCCGGAGCUGGGGUUCACCCUCAUAUCGUGCUUCAUUUCUCCCAACUCCAUCCCCAGCGUGGCCUCAGACUACACUCUCAUCCAGACAGUCUGCCCCACGGACGACUCCGUCAUGUACUAUCCUCAGAGGGACUUCCCUGUCCCUCAUACACAGGCGGAGAAGAAGAUCUUCAGCUUCACCUUCAACUCACAGUUCAACAUGUCCCUGCUCUUCCUGCACUGCGAGAUGUCUCUGUGCUCCAAGAGAUCUCAGAGCAACCAGAGACUACCAAUGUGCUUACAACCCGGUGAGACCUGCGAUUCUAUGUCUUUGGACAACAUCCUGGCGAUGAUGAUGAACAGCAAGAUGUCUACCAAGCCACUGGUAGUGGUGGAUGCACCUAGUAAACCACAGGAAACAGUAACCCAAAGCCCACAAGACAUGCCGUACGUGCUGGACACUCCGACGGUGGUGGGGAUCGCCUUUGCAGCCUUCGUGAUCGGGGCUCUGUUGACCGGAGCCCUGUGGUUUAUCUACUCACACACAGGUCUGACAGCUGGCACACAGCAGGUCCAGAAGGCCCAGCCGGCCUCGGAGAACAGCAGCGCGGCCCACAGCAUCGGCAGCACACAGAGCACACCCUGCUCCAGCAGCAGCACGGAGUAGCCCGGGACGCAACAUGGGGCGGGGGACCGGUUUGUUGAUCUCCUUCUAUGAAAGGAACUAUUUUUACGGGGAUGUGAUAGAAAGGAAAAAAAAUAUGAUUCUAAAAAACACACACAAUAACACCUUUGGACCUUGUUUAAAUGCCUUUUGUGCUAAUUCAAGUGCGUGCAGACAAAUAUACUCUCCUGGUGUUACUGGUUUGUAAUAGUAACAAUCCCAGCUUGGCAGCCUCACCUCAUAUUUAGUACGAAAAACUACAACAACAAAAUGUGAGUUCAGGCUUUUCUUUCCAAUCCAAGUUUUUUUUUUUUACCACAACACAGCCUUUUGUUUUGACCCUAAAUGGUGAGAUUCAUGCUGUUUGUAGCAGGCAGGUUUACUCGUAGAGAAAGGAAAGCAAUCAGGCUGCAGUGAUGUCAGUAUUAGUAGGUGAGAUGUUAAUGGCUGGACUGUUACACUUCACAACGUGCAACCCUUACGGUGGCAAAGGAGCAAAGCAACCACUAUUAACAUGCGGACAAAAGUGCAGUAUGAACGGAGGUCACACUCUGUAAGCAGAGAGAGAGUGCCAGAGAGAUUCUGGCUUUUAAAAGAUGUGAGACAGUGUAGAUAUUGAAUGUAUACAGAAAAGUAGACACCAAAAAAUGUGAAAGUAAAAUGUGAAAGACAUGCUGAUGAAAUGCCACAUUUUAUAAUGUACUUCGACUUCGACUUCCCUUGCAAUGGAUUUAUACACAACUUCGUAGGGGCAUUAUGGGUUCCCUUUGACCAGUCUUUGUUAAUGGAAUAGCUCAACAUUUUUGGGAAUCCAUUUAUUUGCUUUCUAUCCAAAAGUUAAAUGAUAAGAUGGACACCUCUCUAACAUCUGUGCUUUAUUUAGUGAGCUUGAUACAGGAGGUAAUUAGCUUAGCAUUAAGACGACAAGCAGAGGGAAACAGUUGGCUCAGAGAAAUAGUUCAACAUUUAAAAAAAAAAAAAUUACAGAAAGAGAAACUAUUCCUCCGGGCUUGCUAUUUUCCCCCGCUUCAAAUUGUUAUGCUAAGCUAGGCUAAUCACAGACAUUACAGUGGUAUCACUAUUCGUAUCUCGCUCAAAAUUAAGAUACAUCGUAUAUUUCCCAAAAUGCUAAACUAUUCUUUCAACACGUGUAUAUUUUUGUUUAUAUUGUAAAUACUCAAAAUUCUUAUGAGGCGGAGUGUGUGCAAAUGCUGGUCCUGUACUUGUGGAUUAGACAAGAUUAAUCAGUGUGAGAUGCAAAUUAAUACCAUCCCUCGUUUUAAAAUGAUAAAACAAGAAUCAGAAUGUGGAAUAUACUUCAACUUUGAGUAUAAUUUAAAGACAUCAAUUCCAAAUCAUAUCUCCGUAGAGUUGAUGUGGUUUGGGUCCUACUGUCCUUUACACUUGGGAUGCUACUUAAUAGUGUCUUCUUUAAAGAACUAAGAAAAGCAUCAAAAAUUCACAGUUGAGAAACUGUAAAAAGCAUUUUAACAUGACAAAUAACUUAAAGCUAGGGUUGUGAAUGUUUUUUUUAUUUAAAAAAAGGGAUGGGGUGUUGGUGAUGCAGACUUAACAACUUAAGCAACUAUUGGAGCUAGAGCCGCUAGCUGCUUUCAUUGAAAAACAGUUUUUCAGUCGGAUCAUUUUAGAAAUCAAGCGUACUCUUGCUAGUUUCUCUACAUUACCAACCCUAGCUUAAAUGAUGAUUAUUGUUCUCUACACACUCUGAUUGUCCUCUUAUGAGACAGAGUAGAUUUGAUGCAUAAUAAAGCCGGACAUUGUACAGUUUAUGGGUUUUCUUAUCUUUUUGUAUAAAUCUUGGCACUGACAGUGUGUUGAAUAAGCUGUAGCCGAAGGUCAUUGUUAUAGACAUAUAUUUUCAUGUUUUUUUGUUUUUUUUAAACUGCAAUUCCACGACUUCCCCACCGUCUCAGAAUGAUAUGAAUGUUUGCUGUCGUGCCUUCCUUUAACCUGUAUGUGUUUUUUAUCAAAAUUAUUGGGACUAACUGGGCCCUUUGAAUUGGAGAACGGAGCUCUCCCUGUAAAGAUUUAACCAUAACAAGAAAAAACAGAAUCUAUAUUAUCUCAAAGAUUUUCAUUUUUUUGUGUUUUUUUCUUUCUUAUGUAAACAUGUGUAAAGCUUUCUACAGAGGGAACAGAGUCUAAAUAUAUAUUUGUGUAUAAAAUUAUAUUUUGGAAUAUAUUUACCAAGAGAAAUUUAUUGUCUUCUAUGUGUGUAAGUACUGUGAAUUGUGGAUGUGCUCGAUUAUAACAUGUUUAUGGGGGAUUUAUACAGUUUAUUCAUAAAAGCCGUGUGGCAUGUUUUGUGACACUUUAACAUGUUUUGUGACACUUUAACUGAUGAAAAUGAAAUGAAAUUAUAAUAAUUAUUAUUAUGAUAUAUUCGCCUACCAACAGUCCAGUAGUUGAUCUGAACAAACUUUGCUACUGCACUGACAUUGUGUUUGUAUACAUUUGAAACUAUAUAUUUCAUUUGUUUAUUGAAGAAUGUGUCACAAAACGUGUUAUGAGUUUGUAAUAGUUAUUGUAUAUAAUGCAGGUCAUUUCUUCUGUUCAUGGAAUACAACUCCUAAUGUUUUAAAUUAACAUUAUCAUCCUUUUACUUAAUAUUUGUUUAGCUAAUAUUUGUUUCACUAAUAUUUUCAUAUGAGGUAUAGAAAUUAAGUUAUAGAACCUCGCAAAUUAAUCUAUCAGAAAUAUAAAACCACAUUAUUGAAAAUAUGAUGAAGCAAUUAAUAUGAAACUAUAUUUUAACAUAGCAUCAGUAAAUGAUGGAGUCAAUUCGACACAAACCUAAAGGGAAAAUUCAACAUGUUGAUGUCUAAUCAGGGAUGACGGUAGAUGUAGUCAAUAGAAACUUAGUUCAGCUCAGUGCUUUCUAUGUUGACCCAGAAAUAUGAGUGUGCUGCUGAAAAUCUGAUGUUCUUCCUGCAUCCAAGAGUUGGAAGUAAGGGAGAACUACAGGCUGCAACGCAUCCUGGUGCAUGUAGGCACUGAGGAACUCAUUGACUACAUUUAACAUCAACACUAAUUGGAAAUCCACAUACAAAUUGGGGAAUUCUCACUUUAAUGUCCCUCCUCAGUUACUGUAGUGUCACAUAACAAACCCCACAUCACUAACUGUUGUCACAAUAACGGGAACCCCCUUAAAAUAAUGAAAUAAAUAAAUGAAAUCUACGCUGAAGAUAUCAGCAGUUAAACCAAAAUGAAAGUGGAAUGUAUAAUACGUGUGUGUUUGUAUUCUGAUAGAAUGGAGGGUGGAGAACAAAUCCAACCAUUAUUUUGUUUAUGGAAACCCAACUGUUUUCAAUAACACUCAAGAAAUAAUUGUUAUUGAGUAUUAGAACCACUCGGCUUUGUUUUGUUUUAUUGGGCCCGUUGCCAGGUGUGUCCAUGCCAAAACCUCAGUUAUUCAGUGAAUAUGCAGCAGUGAAAUGUUGAUGUUAUCAAGCAGCAUCACUGUGAACAACCACACGGUUUCCUGCUGUAUGCAGUGAAUGAUCCGUGUCCUGCAGAGUGGAGAUGUGUUGCAGCCCAUAAUCAGUGGUCAUUGUGGGAUGGAGGCUUUCUGACAUUCCUGUAGUUUGGGGGUUUCUCUUAGGCCGAGCCCUGACUCAUGUUCUGGAUCUAAUCUUCUCAUUCAAGAACAUAUGGGACUAUUCUUCCACUCAAACUAACCAUGCAAUUCUUGAGAGUUGCUGCUCAAAUAUCAACACUCCUCCCUGACUUUUACCCCAAUGCAUGCUGGGGGGGGGGCUCCACCAGCAGCCCCUCCCCUCAUGACUGCGAAUGUGUCCAAAGUAUGCAAUAUGAAAUAAUGAUGCUGUGUCAGACAAAAGGAGCAGUAUUACAUUAGUAGAUCACUAUAUGACUAGUAGUUAAUGCUGACCUGAAAACAGCUGUAAUCGGAACACAAAUCCAUGUAUGUAGUUAUCGAUUGUAUUUUUUUUUUUACCAUUUAACUACCUCAUGUUUCUCUAUGAAUGUGUAAUGUGCGUGCUACGUUGUGUGUGUGUGAGUGUUUUCUGUGUGUUUGAGCUCUAGAGACGCUCAUAGAUUAUACUGCAGUCGGGCGAUUAGGGGGCCCUGCGUGGUUUUAUUGCAGUUUCACAUUUAUUUUUUCAAUCUCAAAGCAAACGAUGAAGAGUUUGAGCUUUCCCAUGUUGCCAAGAUUGACUUUUGUUUUUUCAUGGGUGGGGAGCGUUGUAAAAGUGUAAAACUUUGAUAAGCCAUUAUUAUUUUCUUUCGCUUUUUGAAAAGUUUUUAUAUGCUGUAAAUACGCACGAUAUCUGUAUACCUAUUAUGUCCAAUAAAAACUCUGUAAUAAU